AUGACCAAGAAAAGUUUUGCAGACGGCGUACGUGCAGGGCACCGCCUUCAACGCGCCCUGCUUGGAGGCGAAUAUUCAGCCGAAACGAGAGCGGCCAGAACGCGCCGUAUGAACUGCUGGAUUUAUUUCGUCCUGUUUAUCCUUACAGCAGUUUCUGUCGUCAUCAUCAUCGUCACUUAUAGUACUCGUCCUGCCAACAAACUCAAGACUACGCUUGCUGGUCGAAAGUACGAUUGGCCAGCCACCUGUGAUCAACGAUUACAGUGGUGGCAAACUGGCAUCAUUUACCAAAUUUAUCCACGCUCUUUCCAAGAUUCCAAUGGUGAUGGUGUUGGCGACCUUCGUGGUAUUAUGCAACGCUUGGAUCAUCUUAAAUUUAUCGGCGUUCAAACUGUCUGGUUAAGUCCUGUUUACAAGUCGCCCAUGAAAGAUUUUGGUUAUGAUGUCUCCGACUACUAUCAAAUUGAUCCUUUAUUUGGUAAUUUACGCGAUUUCGAUGCUAUGUUGAAGGCCAUGGGAGAGAAAGACAUCAAGUUGGUGAUGGAUUUUGUACCCAAUCAUACAUCCGAUCUCAAUCAAUGGUUUAUCGAUAGUGUCAACAGAGAAAAUGGCAAAGAUGAUUGGUACAUGUGGGCUGAUCCUAAAGCAAAUAGCGUUCUUCCAGCCAACGAAAGCUAUCCAAAUAACUGGAUUAGCGUAUUUAGCGGAUCCAUGUGGAAUUAUAAUACGAAGCGUAGCCAAUUUUAUCUCCAUCAAUUCUUGAAAGAGCAACCUGAUCUCAACUACACCAAUCCAGAAGUUGUCCAAGCGUCUUACGAUGUCAUCUCCUUUUGGCUCAACAAAGGUGUCGAUGGAUUCCGUAUUGAUGCCAUCAAGCAUGUUUUUGAAAAUCCUCUUUUACCCGAUGAAGUUCGCAAUCCUAAUUUUAAACCUGGUGAACCUCCCUAUAGCAGCCUUAUCCAUAAUGAGACUACUGAUUACCCACCACUACAUCAAUUAUGCAAAGAUUGGCGUAAAGUCAUCGAUAAAUUUUCCACUUCGCAGAAGCCACGUUUCGCAGUGGGAGAAGCAUACAAUCCAAUCCGUGAAAUCAUGAAGUAUUACGGUACCAAUGGUGAUGAAUUCCAUUUUCCUUUCAAUUUCUUCUUGUUGACCUUAGGCGAUUUUACCGGCACUGGUGUCAAUAAAACUGUGGAAGAUUGGAUGUCUCAUGCACCCCGAUGUGGCUGGCCAAAUUGGGUUGUUGGUAACCAUGAUAAUAACCGUAUCUCUAAGCGUCGUGGCAACGCCUAUGUCAGAGCAGUUAAUGCUAUCAAUUUGCUAUUACCUGGUACUCCUACAACUUACUACGGUGAAGAAAUCAACAUGCAACAUGUCGAUAUUGAUCUUAGCGAAGCAAAAGAUCCAUUUGCUUUGCAAAAUCCUGACAUCUACAAAACUGUCGGCCGUGAUCCAGAACGUACACCAAUGCAAUGGAAUCGCUCUGCUAACGCUGGAUUCACCAAUGCUGGUGUCAAGCCAUGGCUGCCAGUAGCAAGUGAUUACCAAACUAGAAAUGUUGCUGCACAAAGAGCCGAUACUCAUUCCGAUUUAUGGUGGUAUAGGAGUUUAGCAAACCUUCGUUCAUCCCACGAUUCAUUCAAAUAUCCAGGUUAUCAAGCAAUCAAGGCGACAAAAGAUGUCUUUGCUUUCUUGCGUUUCCACAGAACUGAUACCUACAAUUACUUAGUGGUGACUAAUUUGGGCCAAAAGACAUCAGUCGAUUUGUCUGCUGUAUCAGAUGCUGGAGACAUUGUAUUAUCUAGCACCUUCAAGAGAGUCGGAACUGUAGGUCUGGCUGCUAUCGACUUAGAUGUCGGCGAGGUCUUAGUAUUUAGGAUCAAUAAGUAA